AUGGCUGAGUUAUUCCCUAUUUUAAAGAUUUUUUUGGUGCUCUCAAAAGACCCGCUCAAUGUAGUGAAGAUUCAAAAAAAAAUUAAGUACCCAUGGAAGAAGACUAGGGUUUGGUUGGGUACAUUCGAUACACCCGAAGAAGCUGCACUCACUUACGAUGGUGCCGCUCGUUCGCUCCGUGGAGCCAAAGCUAAGACGAACUUUCCGCCAACAGUUCCGGCCACCCGAGAACCUCAAGCUUCCGCCUCUGCUGUUACUGUCGCUUCCGCCGGACCCACACAUCAUGUCCCUGAGAGCUUCGCCAUGGCGUCGUUUCUGGGUCUCGUGCGGCGUGGUUUGCCUGUUGAUCUUAACAAGCCGCCUCCUUUGUGGCUUUGA